CUCAACCCGGAUGCUGUGCCACUACUAUCGAUAAUUUUGCCCAGUGCGCAGCGAUGUAGGCAGAGCAAGGGGGCGGAAAGAUUUCAGUACCCUUGAAGCGGACAGCUCUCCCCGGAUCUACACGCUUUUGACCGCCGGGCUCCGCAUCCAAGCCUGGAGGGUAGGCAGGAUUCAUACCUAAAACUGGGGGGAAAUUUAGCUUUCACAUUAACUGCUCUUGCAACAUCGUGACCACUUGCAUGCCGCUGAAGCCGUAGUGGAAGGUUGAGAAAGAGGGAGGAAGAAAGAGAAAAGGGGAACAGAGCAUCACUACAGAGAGAGAUGGCGGAGUGCGGGCUGAAGGCGCUGUCUCUCCUGGAAGCGGCCCGCUCCCGGUACGAGAGCCUGCAGAUAUCCGACGAUGUGUUCGGCGAGUCCGGGGAUGACAGCAGCGAUAAUCCCUUCUACAGCACCUCCGGAGACUCCGACUCCGACAACUACAUAGCCGAGGAGGACCAGCACCACCACCAGCACCAGCACCAGCAACUAAAACGGGGCGAUAAGGAGACCAGCGGACACCGUGGGGGAUCAGGAGGUGGUGGCAGCGGGAGCAGCGGAACCGGUCCCCCGGGCGCCCUGUCCCGUAGUCAGGCAGAGGAGGAGGGCUGGACGGAGACUCUGCAGGAUGUCACGGUGCCGCCGUUCAAAGAGACAUAUGGCCCUGCUCAGAAGAUGUCAGCCACCGCCACAGCCUUGGACUUCUUCCAGCUCUUCGUUCCAGACAAUUGUAUCCAAAACAUGGUCACCCAGACUAACAUGUAUGCCAAGAAGUUCCAGGAGCGCUUCGGCUCAGACGAAGGCUGGCGUCCCGUCACAGCCCAGGAGAUGAAGGCCUUCCUGGGCUUUGUCACCUCCACCAGCGUGCAACGCUGUGAGUCGGUGCUCAGCAUCUGGAGCUCGGGCUUCUUCAGCAACCGGAGCAUCGCCUUGAAGAUGAGCCAGGCGCGCUUUGAGAAGAUCCUCAAGUACUUCCACAUCGUGGCUUUCCGGCCGUCACAGGGAAGCAACCAGGGCUUGUACAAGAUCCAGCCCUUCCUGGACUCACUGCAGCAGUCGUUCAGCUGCACCUUCAGACCUUCACAGACACAGGUUCUUCAUGAGCCAUUGAUAGACGAGGAUCCGGUGUUCAUCACCACCUGUACGGAAAGAGAGCUGAGGAAGAGGAAGAAGAGGAAGUUCAGCCUCUGGGUUCGACAGUGUACCUCCACUGGAUUCAUCUGUCAGAUCUCAGUCCAUCUGAAGGAUGGCACAGACGCUCUGGCCACCUUGAAGAACAAGCCUCAGCUCCACAGCCUUGUGGCCAAGCAGCUCUGCCAGAACAUCUCUGGCAAGAACACCAUCAUCUUCACCGGGCCGUCCAUCACGAGCCUCGGCCUCUUCACCGAAUUCAGCAAACAAGAUAUCUACUGUUGUGGUCUGCUGAGCACCAGGAAGAGCGACUGCACAGGCUUACCACAGAACAUGUUGGUCUGCAGCUCCACGCCAGCGCAACGCGGCCAAUCACGAGUAAUGAUGAAAGGCAGCAUGUCACUGAUCAGUUGGUACAACAAGGGACACUUCAGGUUCCUCACCAACAGUUAUUCCCCAACAAAACAAGGUAUCAUCAUUAAGAGGAAAAGUGGGGAGAUCCCAUGUCCCUUGGCUGUUGAGGCCUUUGCGGCUCACCUCAGCUACAUCUGCAAAUAUGACGACAAGUACAGCAAGUACUUUAUCUUCCAUAAGCCCAACAAGACCUGGCAGCAGGUGUUCUGGUUGAGCAUCAGCAUCGCCAUCAACAACGCCUACAUCCUCUACAAGAUGUCUGAGGCCUACACGGUCAAACGGUACAGCCGAGCUCAGUUCGGAGAGAGACUGGUCAGGGAGCUGCUGGAUUUAGACGACUGCUCCCCCACACAGUGAGGAGGAGGAGGAUGAGGACGGCACCGACAUAAACACACACACACACACACACAAACAUACAUUUACACUUCAUUACAGUUGUACAGACUCUGCAGUCUGCGGUCUAUGUGAUUAUACUGAAGCAGUGCCAAGCCUAUGUCUCUCUUCUUCUAGUUGUUUUUCUGUGGUGCUGUAAAUAUUCAUUCACAACACGGCUGCACACUACACAAUAGAGAGUCAUGAGCCAUGGGACAGUUCACAUGCCUCAACUGCAACUCUUAGCCGCGCAGAUUUACUAAGGAUUUGUCAGCAGGAGCUAUUUCACAAGCAGAGAUGCCGACGGGAACAAUGACAGCGGGAUGAAUUCACCCUAAAAUGAUGUCAGCUUCAAGUUUUAACUCUUAUCGAAGAGUGAAGUUAUCGAUAUGAGCCUGAAUCUCCCGCGUGAGAGUCCAAACAGGCUACAUGUAGCUCGUCAGGCUACAUGUAGCUCGAUACUUGCUCUCUUCAGACACACCUGUGACCCUGUAACAAACGCUUAGUAAACCAGGGCUAUGGUGUGUUCACACGCUGCAUGCAUAAAGAAUCUGGAUUGUGACGUUCUCUUGUUCGGUGUGAAAAUGAUUUCUGCUGGAUGUGGGUUUUGAAUUGUAUUUUGUUGUGUGUGUGUGUGUGUGCGUGCGUGUAUGUAUGUAUUUAGCAAGCGGAACUGCCAUUUGUGUGCGCGACGUUGAGCCUGAGGAUGUUAAUGUACGGCUAUUGUAACCCAGAUGUGUCGUGUUGCUGCAUACUGUGCUCGCGAGAGGAAGACUGUCAGGUGACGUAAAGCCACACACAGCAGUGUGCCACAAACUCACAACAUCACACUUUUAAAAGAGCCCUGAAAAGAUUUUUAAAAAGUCUUGGUUUCUAAUUUUGAGUAUUCCUCUUUGACGGUAAAUAUUAAUGGAUAAAAAGGCGACAAUUUAAGUUUGGAUGGGAAAAAAAUAUUCAUAGGUUUUAUUUAUUAAGAGUUCAACACUUAAAAUCCCAGCUGCUCAAUCUGCUUCACCAGGACUGUGUGGGUGUGGGGUUUUUAUCACAUUUGAUAACUAAAGUAAUAUUACUAAAUCCUGAUUGAUGCACUAAAAUAUGUGACCUCACCCACUUCAAGCCAGCGAGAAGAGCACAGACAAAAACACAAACUUUGCUUGUGAAAUAACCAAAACCGUUCCAACUUUGGCAGAAAAUGUUGCGCUCACGUGGGAUCACAUCGCUCAUGGUAAGAAGCAGAUUCGUAAAAAUCUUAAUAAUACCUGCAACCUACUUUUGUACCAACACUUUCAAAGGCGGAUAAAAAAAGCAUCUUAAUUGCGUUAUUGCUCAUGUAGUUAGUUGUGCUUCGCAGGGCACAACAAGUUCAAAAUCUCCUUGAUUGAAUGCUAAGUAAGCCAGUGUUGCUAAGCAACAAGUACAAUCUUGGCAAGUGGCAAGAGGCUUGGAUUAGACUGCUUGGCAAGGUACAGGAAGUAAAAACUGAAUCACUGGUUAGAUGUCCCAGAAAAACAAAUGUUGCAACGGAUGUUAGUGUAGAUAGACAUUAAAGUAAUAAUUCUUGUGGAUAUACUGUUUAUUUUGUUUGGUUUUUAAGGAAAAUCCUCUUAAUACCGUCUCGUCGGAAAUGGAAGCAAGGAAACAUUUUAUUGUUUUCUUCCAGUGGCACAUUUCUUGCCAAGUAACAGAUUUAGAUCUGCCGCCUCCUGUCCAUCCAAUGGAAGUGUGAGUGGAGAGGCGUUUAUUAUCUGAUUGAAAUGCACUUACAGUCUCCGCACUAUAUCACUGUACCACACUGCUGUCUGUAGCUUUAAUGAGGACUCUACAGUCCACUGUGCUUUGCUUAACAUGCUAUGCAGUCCACAUGUUAUUGUGGCAUCACGUUAUGAAGAUUUUAAGCGAAAGGUUUUGAUGUGUGCUUGCUCAAUCAGCAUGGUUCGAUGUGUGAAUACAUAUUACAGUAAGAUGACGGUCUUGACGCCGGCGGAGCAGAGCUGUGGAGUGAUCGGCUGGCAGGCUCAUGCACUUUUUCCCAUCACAGUCGUGCACUUUGAGGAGAGUUGUAUAGCUAGCAACAUGUUUACUAGAUAAUACUUUCAGUUUUGAACCCAAUGAUAGUAUACACUGCUCUCAGAAAAAAAUGGAAAAUAUGAAUAGAUAAGUUCUGUAAAUAUAGGUAGAUAAAUGGAUUAUAUAAAAAAAAACCGCCAAUGAAAUAAGACUGAAAAUUAAAGACUAUAACCAAAACAGAAAAUAUUUCCAGUACAAGGUACAGUAUGUAUGUGUAUAUUUUGUUUACAAAUUACUGCACUGAGUGUAUGUCCAUUGUCACUCCGUCUCUGAGACUCAAGAUUGUGAAUUUUUUAACUUUUUCACUAAUCCAAAGCAUCGUUGUUGUUGUUGUUGUCGUUGUUGCUCUUGUGUCUAAUCACUGUUCACCUCGAAGUAACACUGGCACCCCCCGUCAUGCCCUGUAGUUGUCAGCUCGUAGUUUUAAUACAAUGUUCAAUAUCCACAAAUGACACACAUGUUUAGUAUGACAUUGAUUGGGUUGUAUUACACAGCCAUGUUAGAAACCCAUCAUGCCUGUGAGAAUUCAUAAACCCUAUGUUGGCGAAUAAAGGAAAAAUCCACACUGCUGAAAAUCUCUUAAAACAGUUUAAAGAGUGACUAACUUCAGGUGUGCAUCACACACACACACACACACCAGUGAUGUCACAGUGUACUGACACACCCUGGAGUUCACGUCUACAUCACUGCAGCGAGGCGAGGUGUUAACUCACUGCGGAGGUCAGAAAACACAACAUUUUAGGAUGGUGUUAAGUUGGCGUUAUUUUCAUAUUCCCAUUAAUAACUGGGUAAAUGUGAUGUUGCGCCAACAUGUUUUCCAGUGAUAUUUGAUAUAAGAAUUGCUUUAACUUUCUAAAAUAUCAAUGAUAAUUUAGAAAGUCAAAUAAAAAGAAAGCUUGCAUUUCAUUCCCCCCCCAUGCGAAGAGAAAUCCAGCGAAUAAAGAGGCAUGGAUUUAAUUUACUGAAUCAGACGAGGCUGGUUGAGAAUAAUAAAAUCCAGCUCCUCAAAGCAAAAAUAACCUCUGGUCAGCAUCACAAGCUGGUGAAGCACAUAUAACUGUCAAGAGGAUCCUGCGGUGAAUUUUUCCUUUUUACAGUGUGUCAUAAGUAUAAAGAUGAGCUGCACUGACUGAAGCAGGUGUCUCACGUACACCUUAAUGGCCAGGAUGCGUGAGUGUGUGUGUGUGUGUGUGUGACAUCCUGCAGAGGUUUUCUGCAGUGCUUAUAUUUUUCGUCUCCGACCACAAAAGUAAAACAAAUUAUGCACCAGAGAUUUUGCAAGGCCAUGGUUACUUGGCAACAAAUUAUAUAUGAGUUUGAGAGUGAGGGGUAGUAUUUGAAGUUUUUCUGCCAAAAUGGUAAAAUUGUUAUCAACCAGACGGAGAGCUGAGCGGCUCUACUGCGUAGGGGCCGAGGAUCCUCCCCUGUGAAGCGUCUGUUCAUUAGGUUCAGAAGAGGGAUGCAUUGUAGCCAAUAUAGAUAAAAAACAUGGGUUCAUUUUAAAUUCUCAGGUUGAUCUCUGAAGUGAUUAUUCUGUCCAGACGGCUCUGUUGAUCAGUCAUGAAUCAAAUAUUUAUAUAGUGCCUUUUCUGCUCAUUUCUCCCUCAUUGCAUUGGUGUAGUGUUGUUUAUGUCCUGAUGUAGUUGCUGUGAAUAAUUAGAUUUUUUUUUUUUUAUGGAAUAUGACAAAAUCCUGUCCUGCAUGGUGUGAAUAAUAGAAACUAGAGAAAUAAAUCACCUCCACAGUAGAGUUUUAGUAGCUGGAAAUGUUUUACGCAGCCCGAUGCCCUUUGUUCUAUUGCUGUAAUGUUUCACCUCAAGUAAUAUUUCACAUUUUCACACAAGCGGUGCCGCCAGAGACAACACUAUAAUCCUUUAAUAUGAGCUUUUAACACAUCUCACAAACAUAAAUAUGUACAAAUAAAACUUCUUUAGAUCAUUUCACCUGUUCAUAAAACAUCAUAAUGGUACACGGGAGAUCCCAGUGAUGGACUGUUUUUAUUUACAUGGGUAAACUACUAUGUAGGAACCUAGUUUGUAUGUUGAGGAAAGAAGUGAACUAAAGUCCCAUCGCCAAAAAUAGCCUUAAAAAGAAAUUAUAAUUAAAUGUCACUUUAAUUGGUGUUACUACAACAGCGUGGAUGUUUUUCUCUCCACCUUUUACAAAGAGUCGUCUGAUAUCUUUCAUUUAUGCUCAUUAUUUGAUGUCAGACGCCCUAAUUGGAGUAAAUAAAGACAGAUUGGAAGGAGCGAAGUACCGUGCAACCGCUAUGACAGAAACAUUUGUUUUGUCAGACAAAUGAUGAUCCCUAAAUUUAAAAAGAUACCAUGAAAUGAAUCACCCUCACUGUCACUUGUUGUGUGCUAACGAAAUGCAGUGGUGUAUAAGAUGUAUGUGGUGUGCUGUAUGUGCCAGUGUGCAAUCUCUGUAAAGUCUGUCUGUGUUUGUAUCCGGCGAGUGAGACAAUUAGAGUGAGUAAAGAUAUUUAAUAAGUCAUCAACUGUGGAUGUGAUAAAGAAUUUAAAUGGCUGACCUCAGGGCUUCAUUACUAACUGCUGUACAAUAUAUUCACUUAUUGAAAAUAAUAGACUAAAUGGACUUCUAUAACCUUAUCAGGUGCUAUCAAACCACUGUACAAGUAAUAGUAGAGUUAGAUUUGUUGUCAGCAACCAAAUAGUGAACACCAGGGUCAUAUAGUUCACAUAACAUGUCAGAAAUGUUAAUGUUAGCAGGCAGCAAAAGCCAACUUUAACUGUACAAGUGGUAGAACUAUUUCACUUCAUGCGAUUGUGUAAUGGCGGCUGCAGGAUGUGGAGUCAUGUGGGCUAAAGUGUUAUCUAGUGUCACAGAAUCGCCAGAAGGAUGUGUGUAUGUGUGUGUGUGUGUGUGUGUGUGUGUGUGUAUGUGCAUGUAUUGUUAACGUUGGGUGGAAUAAUAUGUGUAAAAUAACUGGUGUAUGCUGGACCAAAUAGCUUUCUAAAAAAAUGUGUGUGGUGAUGAGUUGUACAAGGUUGUUGUGUAAAUGUGUCUUCAUUAAAAACACACCACAUGUGGGUAACCCCUCAGAGAUUUGGAGACGCCUAUUACUCUGUAGCAAAUGAUUGGAAGUUACAAGCAAGGCACAGAUUUAGUGUCAAUUGUGCAUCAUGGUGUUUUACUUGUGUUAGCUAAGCCUCAAUUAUCAACAAAUGUUCAUUUGCAAUGCAUAAUCUUUUCACAUUAGCUUUCAAUUCAGCUUUCAAUUCUCCUUGUCGUAGUAAAGGACUGUACAGAAAUGAUUGAGGAGUGAAGGUGGGCUUACAUUUUACUUUUUUGUUCUUAAAGCAAGAUCGUCCCCAGAGUUCUUCUUUGGACACUACAACACCCUUCCCCUUUAAUCUCAAAACAAAAAUAACAGUAUUGACUUGUUCUCUGCAUAUUGAUCCAUUUAUUUUAUAUAGGCUAUAAUAAAACUGGCAAGGGAAGGCUGAAAUAAGAUAUGAAUAUCGGGUAGGAACAACAUAACAGACGCUCCCAUGCUCUCAAAAAAAGUUGAACUACUCUCACUUCAGCAAAAAGUCAAAUCCCCUCCCAUCCCCUCCCCCUUUCUCUGACCAAUGUUUUACGUACUGUCCCUCAUUGGACAAAAUGAUCCAGGUGUACACACAAGAUACAAAACUACCGUGUGAAAUUAAUAUUCUGUGUUCAGCUGCUAUUAAAAAAGUUGCCCCAACAAAACAAUUAACAGGUUUAAAUGUUUUUUUUCCCCGUUCGUAUUGGCGUGUGCUGGAGGCGUCUGAACUAUAAAGCUUGUUUGUCCUGGAGAGAUGGCAGAAAGCCCAUCGGAUGCUUCCUCGAGCCUUUGAUGUGCUGAAAUUUUGCCUUCAGCACUUGUGAAACCAAACCUGUCAGUUAACUUACAAGGCCAGCCUGCUUCACUGAGUAUUUGUUGCUUUGGUAAUGACGAGCCGGGGCCUUUAGGCCAUUUCUCCCCUUGUUUGACCUAUAAACUGAAUUAUAAAGACUCUGCUGUCUCUCUGUCACUUGCACAUUCCCCACAGCUCCUCUUCCUGCUAAGGAGCGAUUGUUGUUGUGGUGUGUGUGUGAGUACACUCUCUGCUUCCCUGUGAGUAUUUGUAUUUUUAGUUUGAAAAGCUGCAAUGGGUACAACUGGGCUAUAUGUGGCUAAAGAAUAAAAAAAGGUUGUGUGUAAAAACUUUCACCUGCUAACACUCCCUGUUUUCUGUCUCGCCUCUCACCCACCUCUACUUAAAGAUCAGUAGAUUUACAGUAUCUAAUAAAUGUUCUUGGUUUGGU